AUGGAGGAAUAUGAGGACGUCUUGACUAACCAACCCGUCGUUAUCGACAAUGGGUCCGGUGUAAUAAAAUCUGGGUUUGCUGGAGACGAUCUGCCCAAAUGCUUUUUCCCGUCAUUUGUUGGUAGGCCCAAGCAUGUUCGUAUCAUGGCUGGUGCUGUCGAAGGAGACGUUUUCAUAGGAAAAAAAGCACAAGAAUUGAGAGGUUUGUUGAAAAUAAAAUAUCCAGUUGAACAUGGAAUUGUCACGGAUUGGGAUGAUAUGGAACACAUAUGGAAGUAUAUUUAUGAAGAAGAAUUAAAGACCGCGUCAGAGGAGCAUCCAGUAUUAUUGACUGAGGCUCCUCUCAAUCCAAGAGCUAAUCGAGAGCAAGCCGCUCAAAUCUUUUUCGAGACGUUCAAUGUACCAGCUUUAUUCACAUCGAUCCAGGCUGUACUGAGUCUUUAUUCAUCAGGAAGAACAACCGGUAUUGUACUGGAUUCUGGUGAUGGAGUCACACAUGCAGUUCCUGUCUUUGAAGGAUUCGCUAUUCCCCAUGCUAUGAGACGAGUAGACAUUGCUGGACGUGAUGUAACAGAGCAUCUUCAGCUUCUCCUCCGCAAAGGCGGAUAUCAUUUCCACACUACAGCAGAAAAAGAAGUGGUCCGUAUGAUUAAGGAGAAAAUGUGCUACGUUGCAAUAAACCCAACAAAAGAAGAAAAAGAUACCGGCGGCAAGUGUGAUGACUUUGUUCUUCCUGAUGGUAACGUUGUCAAGUUGGGAACAGAAAGAUUCAGAGCCCCCGAGAUUUUGUUUAACCCAGAAUUAAUCGGACAAGAAUAUGCGGGUAUUCAUCAAGUGGUUGCCGAUUCGAUCAACAGAGCAGACCUAGAUUUACGAAAGGCUCUAUAUGCGAACGUGGUGUUAUCGGGCGGAUCGACACUCUUUAAAGAUUUCGGUAACAGAUUGUUGAAUGAAAUAAGAAAGUUGGCGGUUAAAGAUAUCAAGAUUAAGAUUUAUGCUCCACCCGAGAGAAAAUAUAGCACAUGGAUUGGUGGAUCUAUAUUGGCUGCCUUGAGUACAUUCAAGAAGAUGUGGGUUUCGGCUGAAGAAUACCAGGAAGAUCCUGAUAUCAUUCACAAGAAGAGUUUCUAG